CUCCAUGCGCAUUACGCAUGCUACUGUACAUGUCUGUGUAGUGCAAGAUGCAGCGCUUCGGAGAAUUAAGCGCUGAUCAUGGAUGCCGUAAAUACUCUCGUGUCACUGACCUGGUAGAAAUCAUGCCGUGCUGGUGCUCCCAUCCCAUCGUCGACGUCCUCUGACAAUACUCUUUAUCGCCAUACAUAUUCGCGACAAGUCUUUGUGCAAAGUCUCAAGUCAUCACCAUCACAAAAUGGCCUCGGAAGACAGAUCAACACGGCUGAACACGGCCUAUUCGCUACUCGACGCAUACGGCUCCCUCUCGCCAGACGCCAUCCUCUCCCAUCUCGAUGAGAGCUGCACACACCAAGCUCUGCCCGAGUCGCUGGGUAUGCCGCCUCGCUCAAAGGAAGAAUUCAGAGGCCAUGCCCAAGGCAUUACCUCCAUCUUCACCACCUUCGCCAUGAUCCCGCAAAACGUCUACGAGGACGAAGACAACAAUGCCGUAGUCAUCCACGCAAAAAUGGACGGUCAGCUGAACAAGCCCGGCAUGGGUCAAUGGAAGAACGAAUGCAUAAUGUUGCUGCGCUUCACCGAAGACGGCUCCAAGAUCACCCAAAUCAGGGAGUUUGUCGACAGCGCAAAAGCCAUGGAGAUGCGCAACAAAGUCAAGCCCAAGAACUUCGACUCGCAUGGUGGAAGUCUCUUUUCCACUGUCGGUUGGGUUGUGUCCACCACUGUACCGGUCGCCUUGGCCGGCGCCGCUGUUCUUUUCUUCACAGGAAGGCGCGACUUGCUUCGCCUGAGAUAAGGAAGGCGGCCGUAUGCCAAUGCUUACGAUACAUGUAAUCCCUCCGAAUGUCUACAAUACAUGUUGCCUUGUCUACCUUGUGUGUGUCCAGGGCUGUGCCGCGUUAGUGAUACAUCUAUUCAAGCGACCAUCGCACAAUCUCCUUGCAUGCUUGGAUUGUUCCAGAGCUACAGUCAUGCUUGCAUACAUCUCGUGGCCAUGCGUGAAUUUCAGCUUGGUGGGUGCACUGGAUGAAGUGCUUAUGUCGAUACAUCCAAGCCAAGCCAAGGCAUCCUCUAGCAAAGCAAUUUGGCCCAGAGACUCGCACCGGCACUGCGCGAACCAUCACAGAUCGUCAAUCCGAGAUACUUGCCUACGAUCGUCUCCCACAACGUCCGCGAGGUAACCAACGAGAAAUCCACAAACUGCGCCAGAUUCCCUUGCAUAAUCAAAUAGAUUUCCAUAACGUUUUCCGGCCCCCUUUUGAAACACGAUUGCAUCCAUUCCCCCCU